AUGACCUACAACAAGUACAGGGAGGUACCAAAGAUGAAAGAACAGAACCACGUGGGGUCAGUGUUAAGCACAUCGUCUAUGAACACAAAGAUUAGAUGUGCCAGUACGUGUGAUAACUCCGAGUGCAUUUCCUUCUCCUACAACUCCGUCACACAUGAGUGCAAGACGUACAGCGAUGAAAUAUGUUACAGAGACGACGGCGUCGCAUCAUCUUCACUCAAAUUCUACACGAAAAUUGUCCAGUUUGUCUCUCUUAGUAACUGUGGAUAUGUCCCCACUGCCUAUUGUUCAGGAGUGUACACCCUUACACCUGCAACUGGCAAUGUCGUGUCCGCGUAUUGUGAUAUGGACACUGCAGGGGGACCGUGGACGAUUGUCGCCAGCAGAUAUGACGGAUCAGUUGACUUUUACAAAACAUGGAAUGAAUACAAGAAUGGUUUCGGAAGUUUGACAGGAGAGUUCUGGCUGGGUUUCGAGAAUUUAAGACUACUGCUUGCCCAGAAUAUGAAGCUUCGGAUUGAAAUGGAAGGCUGGAGCACCCCCCGUAAGCAUGUAGAAUACACUACUUUCAACGUUUCUGACGAGGCUACGAAAUACACAUUGACUAUUGGCGGAUACAGUACGCCAGACGGACUAUUUAACGCACUCAAUGCACAUAAUGGCUGGCCUUUCAGCACCCGUGACAAUGAUAACGACGGUUUCAGCGGCGAUUGUACCAGUAGUGCACACGGAGGAUGGUGGUAUGAAGCCUGCUUUGACUGCAAUCUGUUCGGGAAUUACACUUCAAACAACGGUUAUAGUGCAAUGCUCUGGAAAUACUUCUACCCUACUGACACGAGCUUAACAGCUAUCAAGACACUCAGGCUGAUGCUGAAGGAGAAAUAG